AUGAACAUCUCAAAAAAAGACGAAAAAAGCACUUCAGCGACUGUAGCCUCUCUGCUGAACGACAAGAAUGUGGAAGAUUUUUGUGUCAAGAAGCUUAAGGACCUUCAGCAGAGGAAUACAGAAUUACUCAACAUAACAAAUAAACAGUUUGCUGCAGCUGUGAAGCAGGUCGAGGUCAACUUCAG